ACCUGACUAAAGCGCGUGCAGGGCCGGAUUAUGAACAGUUUGUGAAACAGGGAGAGGAGGGUGAGUGAUUCAGUGAUUCACUGCGAGUGUAAUGCUCUACUCUGAAAGUUUCUAAACUUUUCAUUUAAACACUUUUUUUUUCCACCGCUGAAAUGUCGACCACCGGGAGCUCCCCGGCCUGUGAGGGGAUGUACUCCAAACUGAUAGACGACGAGGGCCCAUAUGACGACUUCAACCGCAGGCCAGAUGUUGGACAAGCUCACUCAGUCUCCCCAGUCAGACUGAUCCCCAGGCUGAGCGGCCCCGGGCCCUACCGCUUUGCCACCAUCUGCCUGGCUACGCUGUGUGCCAUCCUGCUGAUCGCCAUCAUAGCCGUCACCGCACACUAUAAGAACAAACCUCAGGGCAGUGGUGAAGCGACCUCAGAGAUACAGAAGCAGACACAGGACACAAACGUGACGGCUCUGACUGCUUCCAUCAGCAAACUGCAGCAGGAGAAAGACCAGCUGCAGAAAGAGAAUGACGAGCUGCUGGCCAAACUGGCUGCCAAGAUAACCACUAAAGCUCCUGAGGUGAUAAAACCGACAACCAAGGCGGUGGUGGCCCCUAUCGUCUGCCCAAUGGACUGGCAUCUCUUCAACAACAGCUGUUACUUCAUCUCCAGAACCACGAGGGAUUGGCCAGAGAGCCAGUCUUACUGCCAGAGCCAAGGAGCUCACCUGGCCAUCAUCCACACGGCAGAGGAGCAGACGUUUCUGUGGAAUCUUCUUCCCAGAGGCCACUGGAACGCCUACUGGUUUGGGAUCAGUGAUGAGCAAACAGAGGAUCAGUGGAAAUGGGUGGAUGGCACCCCGCUUGUCGGAGGUUUUUGGGAGGUCGGCGAGCCCAACAACCACAUUGAUGAGGACUGUGGCUACAUUGUGAAAACACGUGUGAUGGAGCGAGUGGCUAUCCGGAGCUGGUACGACGCCCCCUGCAGCAUGUACUGGCCCUUCAUCUGUGAGAAAGAGAUGGGCGCUGGCGCCAGCACCUCCAUACCACACUGAGAAACAUCGCACUGAUCAUCUGAAGAAUACAAACCAGACAAGUUAACCAGUCAUGAGUUUGUCAGCUUUUCACAAACUGCUGCAUGAACUUUCCCUUUCCCUUAAAACCUGGGAUUAAGAAGGCUGAUAUUUUGCAAGUAUAAAUUCAAACGUUAUUUAGAUCUGACACAAUUCAGUCAGGUAUGGAAGUUCAUCUUUUACAGAAUGAACAUGAAAUAAACCUUUUCCUGAAAUGAUUAUAUGGUAUUUUGGACUUUUCUAAUGUGUGACAAAAGCAUGGACGGUCCACUUUGUCCAGAACACUGGACACAAGCAUGGUUGUAUUAAAAUGGGUUUACAGUAGUACGAAGGAAAUUAAAGGUAGCUGUACUCUGCAGCAGUUACCGUAUGUUUAUUUUUAUGAAUUCUUCCUACUGAUUUUAACCUUUACAUAUUUCUUAUGUAACAGACAGUAUUAUGAAUAUCAGAAAUUAAAGAAACAUUAUAUUAGAUUAUAAUAGGACUAUUACUUUUUAGGUCUCUAAAAUAUAAUAAAUAAAUAAACACAAGAUAGAAUAAAGGCAUUUAAAUUGUAGAAUCAUUGAAGCGAACCUCACAUCUUUUCGUGUCCAGUUAUGAUUGACACUUGUCAAUUAAUUUAAUCAUUACUAAAUUAAAACAGGUUUCACCACACAAACUAGUUCUUAAAUAGAGAUUAGUUACUAAAUAUUUACAUCCUGUAACAGCCAGGUUUGACUGCUGCCUAUCUGACCACCAACAGACAAAGCUAACAUUAGCUUGCUAGCUAACAUAUCUUCAGUUUAGAUUGAAAAGUAAAAGAUUGGAAAAAGAGGAAAAUGGUCGACAUAUGACCAGACACUUGAUCAAAAUGCAUUUUAGUAACAGUGUAAACAGGAAAGAUUUAAAAUGACACUACAUAAACAUAACAGACAAGCGUUAUGCUAACAUCAGACUUAAAGACUAAAUAGCAUUGGUUAGGUUAGCAUAAUCUGAUAUUUCCCACUCAGUCUAAGCUGCAUGAAUACUACUAAUUCUGAAAUGCACAUUUCUCCAUGUAUGCAUAUAUAGGUAAAACAGAGGAAUAAAUUUACAAUGGAUUGGCAGUUUAUCUCUUGACCCCCUAAAACUGUUAUUGGUGGAAGUUAUUUUACAGCUUGUGAUUCUACAGUGAUAUUCUGUUUAGUUACAUAUUUAACUGCUUUUGAUUGAACUGCACUUUUCUUUGCAACUGAUUUACAUGUAACUUAAGUCUUUACUAGCUAAGACGUAGUUUAAGUUUUAAUAGUGCAACCUGAUUUAGUAAAUCACUAGAAACUACUGUAGCCAGUGCUUACUAAGAACUCAGGUGCUACAGUGUAUCUGUGCCUUAUACCACAUAAAUCAUAUUUUUAGAUUCUGUUUUAGAAUUUAUAGAUCAGGGAUUCAAGAUAACUAUUAAUGUUUUCAUUGAUUUUUUUUUUUUACAUGUAAAACUGGGCUUUUUAUCAAUGAAUAGUGUUAAUAUCAGAUUUAUAUUAACUGUACAUAACGCAAGUGUUAAGUGAGUAUGAUCAUCUGAUGUGGUGUGUUAGUGAUGAAACCACUUGAAGGAUGAUCAAUUUGAUGUUAAAGAUGUCAAAAUGUUCAUACUUUUUUAGUCUUUUAAAAUACAACAUGAAUCAAAUAUUUGAAAUUCUGCAUAAAUGUGUCCUGUGGCUCUUAUAAAUAAAUAAUAAAGAUAAUUGUUUUGUAUCUUAA